AUGGAGGUGGAGGACGAAAGCUUUGUUGUAGAGACUGUAGAGAUCAUCAAACGUCCGGGUCAGACCUUGGGAUUCUACAUCCGAGAGGGAAAUGGCUUCGACCGCCCGGACGGCGUCUUCAUUUCCCGCAUCCAGAUGGGCACCGUCGCCCAGAGCAACGGACUGCUGCACGUGGGGGACGAGAUCGUCACCGUCAAUAACGUCAAGGUUGGAAACAUGUCUUUGGACGACGUGGUCAUUCUCAUGUCCAUCCCCAAGAAACUCGUGCUCACGAUACGA